GGCUGGAAAUGGAGAAAAGGAGUAAGAAGAAGGUCGAAGUUGGGAAUAGGAGGUCAUUACUGAGGGAACAGAAGAAAACUAGGAAUAAGAUUAACAAGUUGAAAUCUUUCCUGAGUGUGGAGUUUAUGAAAGCAGAUUCACCGUUCUUGAAAGAUCAGCAUGACUAUUACUCAAGUGGAAGCAAGGUAGAUCGAAAGGGAUCCACAUGUAAAAAGAAGGGAAAGCUCUGGGUUAAAGAUAUGAUGGUAACUACAUAAAGAUCUCUAGCAAGCAAAAUUUGAUGAACAAGAAGCAGGUUCCUGAUGAUGUUAUCGAUCCUGAAAAAGACGAGGAUAUUGAGCUAGAAACAGCGGUUUUGAGUACAAGGAUGGAAACUUACCCAAAAGAGAAUUUCUUAGGUCAUGAUUUACCCAACCGCAAUAAAACCUAUAAAAAACCACGUAGAUGUAGUGUCAGAGUUCGUAAAUUUAAAGAUCUGCCCACAAAAGAGAUGCCAAUAAUGACUCCGUCAAAUCUGAAGAAAAACUUGUCUUCACAGAAGGAAGCUAGUCCCAAAGAGUUCAAUUUCUUUAGAAGUAAAGGGAUUGCUGAUGCAAAUAUUCUAAUCUCAGGGUUUGCUAAGCGUAGCCAAGACCCGUUGGAUGGAGAGCCUUCCCCUAUAGAUUACUCCGUGAAUAUUGAGGAGGCAGGUUCAUAUCAUAGUUUUGGGCCGGAGACAGUUUCCCAUUUGCCAAGGAAAAGUAUUAAAGAAACAGCAACUAAUUUGAAUACUAGCACAACUCUUGAUGUAGAUUAUUCAAAGAAGUAUAAGUUAGGCAGCUUUAAGGUUAAGAAAGACUAUCAGAAUGAACAUAUAACAAGUGCUUUUAGGGAAAAAUCACAAAUUUUGGACGAGCCUGAUGAAAUUUCAGAUGAUGAUAAUUAUAGCUUAUUUGAUUGGUGAUCUGAGUUUGAUGAGAUCGUGGAGAAUGAUAUCCCAGUAGAGCAAUGUUGAGCUUAUAAAGAAGAUGAUAAAGAUACUUAUUUGAAUGAUCCAAUACAUAUGAUACAAGAGAGAAUUGAUCUUAGAGUUCCUAAAUAUGAGAUAAAAUAUUGCUUACUAAACCAAUUUAUGAGAACUAAGGCUAGACGAAUUAGGGAGAGUUGUGCCAUUGAAGAGGUGCAUAAGGUCUUACUCUUACCAUACCAAAAUGAAUCAAAUAACCCUAUUGUUGUAACAAAGGAUCCUCCUCCUAAAAAGCCAAAUCUCUUUCCUUCAACUUCUCCCCCAUGAUCUCCAAUCUCACCCUUAGUCCCUCAGGAAGACCAACAAUCAGAUUUGGAUUACGGCCUUAAAAGUAAUCUUGAAAUUCCAAGGAUAAACCACUCUCCUCUUGUUGGCUAUAUAGACGUCCUGGGUGUGUUUUGAAUCAACCAUUCUGAAGAGUAUACUGAGCAGACCUAAACUCCCAAAACACUCACUAGGGCUCACUUUUGAAGGAGAGAAGAAAGAGCAUUUCAAGUCGGUACUCUCAUUCUCGUAUAAUAUCAUCACUGAUAUUCUCUUGGCUGAGAUCAAUAAAGAUAGGAACAAGUACAUCCACCAGCAGAACUUAGUCAUCAACCUAUUGUCCUGGGACAGAAGAUUCGAAGAACCCUUCGAUAUGUACUUCGAAGAAGUCUACAAAAAAUGAUAUGAAGUUGAAGAAGCCCAGCAAGGAAUCUCCCUUAAGGAGAUACUGAAACUAGUACUCAAUAAUUAGAAGAUCGGUUUC